GCCAAUUAUAUUUUUAACGGACCGUAUGCGUUUUGAAGCUAUAAAAGGAGGUAAAACGCAUUAAAUUGUUUCAACGUGAACUCUGCCGGAGAGAAAAUGCCUGCGUUGUGGUUACUGUUGUUCGUUGGGUGUGCCCAUUGUAUUAGAGUACAUUACGACAAUACAACAGUUUCCUCGAACGCCAAACAGCUGUACGAUUUUAAAGCUAAAUAUUCGACACCGAUCGGGCUAUGGACAACAAGCGCCGGAAAGCCAGCCGAGAUAAGAGACACAGUUUCAAUUAACUCUGAUCUUUUCUCUAAUCCUCUUCAUUUGGAUUUGACAAUGCAUUUUGAUGCGGAACGUAUACCAGAACGAGUUAUUUAUGCAAAGGGUACGGGCGCCCAUGGGCACUUUAUCGUUACCAACGAUGUAUCCAAGUACACAAAAGCUGACUUGUUUAAUGGAGUGGGAAAGAAAACGCCUUUGUUUGUUAGGUUUUCGCAAGGCCUUCAAAGCUUGGGCGGUUCUGAUUUGGCGCGGGGAUUAAAAGGAAUGGCUGUUAAAUUCUACACGAAAGAUGGAAAUUUCGAUAUUAUUGGCGUUCAAACUCCAGUGUACUUGUAUCGUGAUCCAUUGUACUUUGGCUCAUUAGUUCGGUCAUUUAAAAAGAAUCCGAAAACUAAUCUUAUUGAUGUCACAUCGAGGUGGGAUUUCCUGACUAUGGUGCCCAGCAGCUUGCACGGCUAUUUAUGGACUCAGUCCGAUUAUGGAGUGCCGGAUGGCUACAGAAAAAUGGACAUAUUUCCAGUACAUACCUACGAAUUAAAUAAUAAGCAUGGUGAUAGGUACUACGUAAGAUUUAACUUCAGGACCGAACAGGGACUCGCAAAUCUAACUUCAGCUCAAGCAGCCGAAUUAGCUGGAAGAGAUCCCGACUAUUACACAAGAGACUUAUAUAACGCUAUUGAGCGGAAAGAUUAUCCAUCAUGGCAGCUGGAAAUGGACGUAAUGAGUUUACACGACAUAAAAUCUAUCGAUUAUGAUCCAUUUGACCUUACAAGGCAAUGGAAACGAGGAACUUAUCGAACCAUACAAAUCGGGCGGUUAGUAUUGACUGAAAAUCCAAUUAAUCAUUUCAGAGUUGUCGAACAUAGUGCAUUUAAUCCUGGAAACUUGGUCCCCGGUAUACCGGGUCCAGUCGAUUAUGUUUUCAAAGCACGAAGGCUGUUUUACCAACAUUCGCAAAGUCAUCGUUUGGGGAUUAAUUUCAACAAUAUUGAAGUAAAUGAACCGAUUCAUGCCUUGACCUACAAUCGAGAUGGACCGCCACCACUAGGAAAGAAUAUGAUGGAUGCUCCGAAUUAUUAUCCUAAUUCGUUCAAUGGCCCUAUUCCAUAUGUAGAUGAAAGUCAACCAAGCGAAAAACUGUUACUACUGCAAAGUAACGCUAUUGAUUUGGAGCCUCAUUCAGACUUUUACAACAAUGUACUGAAGACUGAAGAUGAACGGCAAAGGAUGGUGGACAAUAUAGCGGGUUCUCUUUUAUCUGUCACAUCACCUGUUUUGCAAAGGGUUAUUAACUUCAUGCAUCUCAUUGAUCCAGAUUUAGGAAAACGCGUUACAUUAGCGUUCGAAAUUGCCAGAGCAGCUGCCCGACAGCUUACGGCACCAAGUGUGAAGAAUUAAGUAACAUAUUGCACGAUUUUUAACUUGGAUAUUUUUUUAAAUCUAAAUUUAUAAUAUAGAUUUGUGAAAAAUAUUCAGAUAUUGCAUGCAGAAC